AUGCCAUUCUUAUCGUUUCUAUAUACAUAUUUGCUAGGAGGUGUUACAUUCCUUCCGCUUCUAGUGAUUGUAUUCAUCUAUCUCCACCCCAAAGACAAAACCUUUUCUCAGCCCGAUAAACAAGAUGAUGAUGACGAGUCUCCACCUAAGCUCCUUAGCGCAGGUGAGAUAGAAGAAGAUUCCCUGUCAGGGAUAUUGGCUUACAAGUCAGGAUGGCUAAUCGUCACGCAAGAGUAUUUAGAAUCGCCAGAUGAGAUCAGUUCCCAAACCCAAUCCAUAAAUGAGAGUUCCUCCGCCUAUUCAACAUUGUAUAAGUUGGUUAAAAAUAAUAAUCCCAAUGGUGAUCAAAACGAAGUAGCUGAACCUAUCAGCCCGCGUCCUGCCAAUGAUAAGACCAAAUCCCUCAACAAAAAACACAGGUACUAUGCCUUAUUAAAACACGGGAAUUUAUUCUUGUAUAAGAGCCAGGACUUGAAAGAUGUUAAACAUGUGAUUGUACUUUCUAAUCAGUUUGUCACGUUGUGGCCUCGUGAUUUGCCUGACGGACAAUUGUUCACCAAAAGAGCCUCUAUCUGUUUGAUCAAAAAAGACUGGACUCGAAGAAGACGCUUGUCUGAAAACUUUGAGAAUGAUAAGCUAACAGUUCAAGAUAUCCUCCAGCUGGAAAACAACUUGACUCCACCACAAGGAUCGUUUUUCAUCUACUGUGACACCAAUAUUGAAAAGGAAGACUGGUACUUUACUUUGAUCAAAGCUUCCAAGUCAGAAUCGGAUUUGGGACCAUGGAGCUCUCAGUUGCAUGCAAAAACCCUUCAUUUUCAAACAGAUGAGAUGAUGGACUUGAUUCAAACGCUCUACAGUUCUGAGGGACAGCUACAGACCAAGUGGUUUAAUGGACUUUUAGGACGACUUUUUUUGUCUCUCAAGCGUACGGAUAUGUUGAGGAACUUCUUGGAGACCAGAAUCACUAAAAAGCUCAAUAAAAUUAAGACCCCAGGAUUUUUGGACAAGUUCAAGUUGGGAAAUUUGGAUCCUGGUGACUCUAUUCCUUUCUUCACUUACCCAAACCUAAAGGAAAUUAAUCCAAAUGGUACCUUACUUAUCUCCUCAUAUGUUCAUUACCAUGGUAAUUUAUCUUGUAAUAUUUCCACCAAAGUCAACUUAAAUUUCGGAGGAAGAUUCACCCAAAGUCAGGUGGAUGUGGUGCUCAAAGUGACUGUUCAGAAAAUAGAAGGUCCCGUUAUUUUUAAAAUAAAGCCACCUCCUAGUGAUAGGAUCUGGUAUAGUUUCGAAAUUGAGCCUUUGAUAAACUUAAAAAUAGAACCUAUCAUUAGUUCUCGUCCCAUAACCUACAGUAUCAUUACCAGCACGAUUGAAAAGAGGUUUAAGGAUGCUAUAAAGGAAAGUUUGGUUGUGCCCAAUUAUGACGAUGUGGUCUUCUUUGAUACUGAAGGAGAUGUUUACAGAGCGGGUGUUUGGGAUAAAACUCAAUCUUCUGAUUCCUCAGAAACUGCACUAGAUGAUGAGAUGAUCAAGAAAUCCGAAUUAAAUACAGACGAUGCCUAUCGGAAUGAUCAACUGAUACGAUCUGUUAGGUCCGUUGACUCUGAUACAUCUUCCAUUGAUAAGCUCAAACUUACUGCAACCUUAAGUGACUUGUCCCAAAAGAUCAAAAAAUCAAAAUCAACUCAUACUGUGGGUGUCACUGGUUCGAACUUCCUUUCUGAUGGUUCGAUCAUGGAACCCCGCCAGAGAACCUUAAACAAGAACCUCAACAAAACCUUCAAAAAGAUAGGUGAUUGGUACAAUUCUAAAGAUGAAACCAAAGACAAGAAAGAACAAGACAAAGUGGAAAUGUACUCCAACAGAAGGCGCCCCAGGCAGGCCAGUAAUGAGAGAAUCCCUGAGCAGAAUCUUUCUUCUCCGGUUGAUAUGUUUGCUAAGAACAAACUGGCCCACUCGAGAAGCAGUUCCAAGUUCAGUGUCAGCAGCGAUUAUAGCCAACAAAGUGAAUCGAGUCCAAGAGGAGACUUUAGUCCCCAGGCUAGAAGCCUAAGAGCUGAAAAUUUGCCCGAUGAUAACUAUUCUACUUCUUCACUUGGACCACCAACUUUUGGUAAAUUCGCUUCCGACAUUAUUGAAGAAGAAUCUAGUAUCUUCCCUCAAAGAAUUGAAAUGUCAGAGGAAAAGCCUUCAACUCAAUUACCCGUUGCAGCAUUAUUGAAGACAUCAUCAGGGAACAGUGACUUCAGUGUUGAGCAAAUGCCUGAAUUAAACGAGAAAAUACCAAAUCCAUUUGAUGAAGAAUUGAACGAAUUGAUCCAGCUUGAUCAUCAGGUAUCCAAUGAAAAUGAACCCCAUCGAACUGCUUCAAAGCUCCAUAGGAGAUCUCCUCCUCCAUUAUAA